AGAAGGUCUGCCCCCCGGAUCUCCGGUUUCCGGCAACUCGGCGGGACCAGAACCUGCGCGCAGAAUCUGAGGCCCGAGGCUUCCUGGCACCAGCUGGACGCUGAGCCCCCCGAGACCUCUGUAAACUAUCUUCCUAAUAAUUGGGAGAAGACCCUUGGCUGAAUGGCAGCUGUAGAUGACUUGCAGUUUGAAGAAUUUGGUGAUACAGCCACUUCUCUAGCAGCAAACCCAGAUGCCACCACAAUAAGCAUCGAGGAUCCUGGUGAAACCCCAAAACACCAGCCAGGACCCCCAGGAGGCUCAGGGAGAGAAGAGGAUGAUGAAUUACUAGGAAAUGAUGACUCUGACAAAACUGAGUUACUUGCUGGACAGAAGAAAAGCUCCCCCUUCUGGACAUUUGAAUACUAUCAAACAUUCUUUGAUGUAGACACUUACCAGGUCUUUGACAGAAUAAAGGGGUCUCUUUUGCCAAUACCAGGAAAAAACUUUGUGAGGUUGUAUAUCCGCAGCAACCCAGAUCUCUAUGGCCCCUUUUGGAUAUGUGCCACGUUGGUCUUUGCCAUAGCAAUUAGUGGGAAUCUUUCCAACUUCUUAAUCCAUCUGGGAAGGAAGACAUACCAUUAUGUGCCCGAAUUCCGAAAAGUGUCCAUCGCAGCCACAAUCAUCUAUGCCUAUGCCUGGCUGGUUCCUCUUGCACUCUGGGGUUUCCUUGUGUGGAGAAACAGUAAAGUUAUGAACAUCGUUUCCUAUUCCUUUUUGGAGAUUGUGUGCGUCUAUGGAUAUUCACUCUUCAUUUAUAUCCCCACGGCGAUACUGUGGAUCAUCCCCCAGAAAGUGGUCCGCUGGAUUCUAGUUAUGAUUGCCCUGGGCAUCUCAGGCUCUGUCUUGGCAAUGACAUUUUGGCCAGCAGUUCGUGAGGACAACCGACGCAUCGCAUUGGCCACAAUUGUGACGAUUGUGUUGCUUCACAUGCUGCUUUCUGUGGGCUGCCUGGCCUACUUUUUUGAUGCACCAGAGAUGGACCAUCUCCCAGCAAGCACAGCUGCUCCAAACCAAACAGUUGCAGCAGCUAAGUCCAGCUAAAGGGGAAAGUGAGCGAUUAUCUUUUCAUCUUCUCGCUAUGAGUUCUCUUCAAUGGGUUUUGGAGUAUGGUUCUUUUGGACAUGGCAUCCACUGCAAGAAAGCAGAAUGACCAAAGCGCAGGAAAAUGGAUGGAAUGGCCCCAACCCCCAACAUCUGGGGGGUGCCACACUGAAGCCUAAUCACCUAUUUAACAAACAAAAAUUAAAUGUUGUUGAG